AAUUUCCGCAUAGAAAUUCCUUACGCAGAAACUACUCAAGCAAAUGUGUCCAGAAUUCACUCUUCUUUCUCUCUCCACUCAACCCCACUUGUGGCCAGCUAUACUUUAUUGAACUGCUGGAAUUCAAGGGAGAUAAAGAAUCAGUCUAGCAGUGAGUCUCUCCAUUAAUGCAACUUUUCUUCUGAAUUUUCCAGCCUUAAUCUCUUCCUCAUCUCGAUAUCUCUCUGUGGUUCUACUCUUCAAUCACACUUCAGUCACUGAAGUUCAGUGUUCGUGUAUUCCCGGUGGUUUGCCUGUUUGAUGCUAUAUUGGAGCGGAGGUAAAAGGAGAUCGGGAGAUGGCAGAGGCUCCUGGCGAGAGAAGUGCGGCUGGGGCGCCUGAAGUGAGCUCCGGUGAGGAUGGAUGCAAUGCGCGACCAGCGGCGGCGGCGGAGCAGCUGUCUGUGUCGGCGUCGUACAAGGAAGGAAAGCCGUUGAGGAGAAGAGCGUCUAUGAGGCGGAGCCUCGAAGCUGAUGAGUUCAUAAAUCUGCUGCAUGGCUCGGAUCCGGUGAAAAUGGAGCUCAAUCGACUUGAGAACGAUAUCAGAGACAAGGAGCGGGAAUUGUCUGAGGCUCAAGCGGAGAUCAAGGCUCUGAAGUUGUCUGAGCGCUUACGAGAGAAGGCUGUUGAAGAGCUCACUGACGAGUUGAUGAGGACCGAGGAAAAGCUCAAGUUGGCAGAGUCUCUUCUACAAAGCAAAAACCUUGAAAUUAAGAAAAUAAAUGAUGAAAAGAAGGCCUCAAUGGCAGCACAGUUUGCUGCAGAAGCCACACUUAGGAGAGUUCAUGCUGCUCAAAAGGAUGAUGAUAUGCCUCCAAUUGAAGCAAUUCUUGCACCUUUGGAGGCGGAACUCAAGUUGGCUCGGCAAGAAAUUGCAAAGCUUCAAGAUGAUAACAAGGCAUUGGAUCGUCUCACCAAAUCAAAGGAGGCAGCUUUACUUGAAGCCGAGAGAACAGUCCAGUCAGCGGUUGCAAAAGCAUCUAUGGUGGAUGAUCUCCAAAACAAGAAUCAAGAAUUGAUGAAACAGAUAGAAAUUUGCCAGGAAGAGAACAAGAUUUUGGAUAAAAUGCAUCGUCAAAAGGUUGCCGAAGUUGAAAAGCUUACGCAAACUGUGCGUGAGCUUGAAGAAGCUGUUCUUGCCGGCGGCGCAGCGGCAAAUGCUGUUAGAGAUUACCAACGCAAAGUGCAAGAGUUGAAUGAAGAGAGAAAAACUCUUGACCGAGAGCUGGCUCGUGCCAAGGUAACCGCAAACAGAGUGGCAACUGUGGUCGCUAAUGAAUGGAAAGAUUCUAAUGAUAAAGUAAUGCCUGUAAAGCAGUGGCUGGAAGAGAGAAGGUUCUUGCAGGCAGAAAUGCACCAACUGCGGGAAAAGCUGGCAAUUUCAGAACGAGCAGCACGCUCAGAAGCGCAGUUGAAAGAAAGAUAUCAUCUGAGACUUAAGGUUUUAGAAGAAACUUUAAGAUCAUCUAGCACCAGCAUUCGCAGCACCCCGGACGGAAAGUGCUCAUCAAAUAACGGCCCUUCACGCCGUCAAUCAUUAGGUGGAGUUGAAAGUGUAUCAAGAUUGACCUCUAAUGGAUUUUUACCAAAGAGAUCGCCGUCCUUUCAGCUGAGAUCUUCUUCUGGCGGGACUAGUGCAGUGUUGAAGAAUGCAAAAGGGACAUCAAAGUCAUUUGAUGGUGGCUCAAGGUCAUCAUUGGACAGGGGUAAAAACCUUCUUAGUUGCACCGGUCCAAAUUUUAAGCAAAGCCAGUCAUGUGAUGGGGCCAAGGAUAGCAAGGCUCAAAAUAAUAAUACCUUGAAAGGAAACCAGGGCGAAAAAACAGAUGACUUACUACAAGUUACAGAGGAUACUGUGCCAGGAGUAUUGUAUGAUUUACUUCAGAAGGAAGUGAUUGCUUUGAGGCGAGCCGGUCAUGAAAAGGAUCAAAGUCUUAAAGACAAGGAUGAUGCUAUAGAGAUGUUAGCUAAGAAAGUAGACACCCUUACAAAAGCAAUGGAGGUUGAAGCUAAAAAAAUGAGAAGGGAGGUUGCUUCCAUGGAGAAGGAGGUCGCUGCAAUGCGAGUUGAGAAGGAACAUGAGAGUAGGGCAAAACAAUUUGGAUAUUCCAAGGGUCCUGUCAACAACAGUUCUCAGCUUCUUCCUGGAAGGACUAUAGCAAGAGGUGGGGUAACACGCAACAUGCAAUAGUAGUAAUGGUGUUCCCUCUCCCUGUUGUAAGAAGGAUCGGUGGAUCACGAACAUUGUUCAAGGUAUGUACAUGGAGUUGUGACCGUACAUGACGUGUCUACAUAUAAGAUAGGGCUGUGGCCUGGAAGCCUACUAAGAAAGAGACAUAUGCGGCGAGUUGGCGGAUAUUGACCGAGGAGGAAAAGUAAAUGUAAAUACGUCUAACGAAAGUAGAGGUAUAAGAGGAUUGCUCGGAAUGAUUAAGGAAAAUUUCUCUAAGCACAUAGCUAAUGUAGAAAGGUGGGAUGGUCCCCAUCGGAAACUGAGCUUAUGAGUAUUAGGGAGACAAUUGUUGGGGUGGCUCAUGAGGGCUGUUUUUUUUUUUAAAUUGAGUCGGGAUGCACUCAUUGAUCUUUUAGUUCAAUUGUUCAAGGCGGCUCUUGAUCUUUUAGUUGUUGAUAUUAGACAUCUCAUUGAUAUUUGAUAAUAUUAGUGCAUGCGUGCACUAAUAUUAGUAUUAGUGCAUACAUGAGAAUAUUAGUACGGAGUAUCUCUUUUUGUAAGCGCCUAAGCGGCCUAUGAAUUGUGCAUGCGUGCACUCGCCUC